AUGUCUUCAAAAUGGGUAGAUAGCGGAGCGACCACUCCAAUGAAUGACAGCCAGAUUUUUGAGGAUGUCGAAAAUGGCAUGAAGCCGACCUACAUUGGGGACCUUGCGACAAAUGUUUCACCGAUAAACAAGGACAUAAAAUCGUCCCCCAGCGUCGCCACCCUACCUCAGACUUUAUCACCCGUCUUCCGCCUCGACGAAAAGAACCCCGUCCCUGAGCCUGCAGUCCAGACACUCACGCCCGUCCGACCGCGACCAAAGAUCAGCCGAUGGAUCGUCUUCCGCCUCUGGUUCAGCACAUAUCGCAAGUUCUUCACCCUCAUUGUAUUGCUCAACCUGGUUGGGAUCGUUCUGGCCAUCGUCGGUUCCUUCCCUUAUGCUGAGAACCACCUUGGGGCUCUGGUAUUGGGUAACCUGCUCUUUGCAGUUCUGAUGAGGAAUGAGCUCUUCUUGAGGUUCCUCUACCUCGCCUCUAUCUAUGGCCUCCGCAGCUGGGCACCACUGUCUUUUAAGAUCGCCGUUACCUCAACUCUGCAGCAUGUAGGAGGCAUUCACUCAGGCUGUGCACUUUCUGGUGCUGCCAACCACCAUAACACUUUCGAAAGGUAUCAUCGCUUUAUUGGAUGGAUUGGCCUAGGAGCUACAUGGUGUUUCACAAUUCUUGGCAACGUCUACGAUAUCAAGCGUGGGGAGUGGAGGACCGAUGCACACUCUCUGCUCAGCGCACAGGAGCUGUGGUUUGCCGUGUUCAUGACCGUGUUCAUUGCCAUCCCAUGGGUUACACUACGGGAGGUUCCCGUGGAAGUCGAGAUUCCAUCCCCCAAGGUCGCCAUCCUCAAAUUCGAGCGCGGCAUGCAACAAGGCCUUCUCGGCAGGAUCAGCCGCACUUCGGUCUUGGAGUACCACGCGUUCGGGAUCAUCAGUGCAGGCAGAAAGUCGGGGUGUCAUUACAUGAUCUGCGGUGUUCAGGGCGACUUCACAAAGGGCCUCGUUACCGACCCGCCUAAGACCGUUUGGACGAGGCAAUUGAAGUUUGCCGGAGUCGGCCAUGCAUCCGCGAUGUAUAACAGGGGAAUCCGAAUCUGCACUGGAACUGGCAUCGGAGCUGCGCUCUCGACCUGCAUUCAGAGCCCUAGCUGGUUCUUCAUCUGGAUCGGCUCCGACCAGGAGAAGACAUUCGGACCAACAAUCACCGGGCUAAUCCAUAAGCACAUCGAACCAGAGCGAAUGAUAUUGUGGGACUCGAAGAAGCGAGGGGGACGUCCAGAUACUGUGCAGCUCCUUCGAGAUGUGUAUACCAGCUUUGGGGCCGAGGUUAUAUUUAUUACAUCAAAUAAGCAGGGAAAUGACGAGAUGAUGCAGGGGUGUCUUGCUAAUGGUAUGAAUGCCUUUGGCACUUUAUGGGACUUUUGA